GGUGUUAAGGCUUCAGCAUUUAAAAUGCUUUGAAUCCAGCCUUAUUUCAAAGACUAAAAUUUUUAGGAAUGACAGUGACAUUUAUGCUCCUUCAGGAUUAUUGAGACCGAUUAACGGUGCAACACCAAAAGAGCAGAUUUGGGAUUGGGAUGAGGUUGUUAAAAUUGCGAGCAACAAAACGAAAACGGCGUUCUAUUUGGUUUCCAAUUGUGUCACACCAUCAAAACGCGAAGCAUACGUGAAGCAGUUAAAAAAUCACGUCAAUGUGACAGAGCGUGGACGCUGCAGCAAUGUCAAGUGCGAUGAACUCGAAAAGCUCUUCGAUCAUAUGGAAAAUUUGGUGGUGCCAAUUGUACUGAAGAAAUCGGUGUACGACAAUAUUAUACCAACAGGAUCGUUCAUUGCUGUAGAUGAUUUUGAAUCACCACGCGAACUUGCGGAUUACUUGAAAUACUUGGAAAAAAACAACACUGCUUAUCUGAGGUAACA